AGGAUGAAGAGGGAGGGAGGAUGUGUAGUGUACACACACACACACACACACACACACACACACACCGACUCCCCGCUCCUGCCUUACUCUGGAGAGAAGCUCUCUUCUUCCUGCUCUCUGAGCUUUCUGUUGCUUCCCCGCCCAUCUGUGCUGUCAGCAGCACCAGCAAAGUUGGCUUCAAACUUGAACAGAGCUGAAGACUUCAUCUUCCCAGGAGCUCCGCAGGGGCAGCAGCAGGCCCCGCCUUGGGACUUACACUGGCUUCUUGAAGCCCCUCUGACCCGGUCAGCGGCCAGUCAGCCUUCUGACUGCUGGGCAGCGCUUCUGCCCCUGCCCUAGGGGCCCCUGGUCUGGACUGGGAAUGGUGCACUGAGAUCCUUCUGGAGCCCUUGCCCCAGCCUGGAGUGGGAGCAGCCUGAGGCCCAGCUCGACAUGGCUAACCCCAUACAGCCUCAUUUUCCCCAGCCACAGGAGCCGGACUCCACCUUAGCACAGGACCUGCCUGAGAUGGAGAAGCUCCUCACCAAGGCAGAGGGCAAGGAGGACAAAGCCCUGAACCUGUCCAAGUCCCUCUCUGGGGGGAUGGACCUGGAGCAGAACGGCCACAGUCUGCCCUUCAAGGUGAUCUCCGAGGUGCACCGGGAGUCCUCGGUGCUCCGCACCCCUUCCCGGGCCAGCUCACGGCGGGCGUCCUCGGUGGCCACCACUUCCUUCGCUCAGGACCAAGAAGCCCCCAAAGAUUACCUCGUGCUCGCCAUCGCCUCUUGUUUCUGCCCUGUGUGGCCCCUCAACCUCAUCCCCCUCAUCUUUUCUAUCAUGUCUCGAAGUAGCAUGCAGCACGGGGACAUGGACGGGGCUCGGAGGCUGGGCCGCCUGGCCCGGCUGCUCAGUGUCAGCUUCAUUAUCCUGGGGAUCGUCAUUAUCAUUGUGGCUAUCAACGUCUUAGUUUCAAAAUAAAAGUAAUCGGGAAGCUGUGCUAGCAAAGGCAGAUGCUGGCUAGCUGGAGAGUUCUGACACCACACACCCUAUACACCAUGAGGGGACAGGACGGAGACUGCCACGUGCCCCUCUGUCCUCCCAGCUCCAAAAGCACAAACUUGGAGGGCAGCUCCAAAUUCACCCCAUUGUCAGCCCAGAUGGGAAAAUCUGGAGGAAGGAAGGAAGGAAAGAAGAAAAGAAAGAAAUUUGCGGUGGAACCAAUGAAUGAUGUAGGUUAAUCUCAAGGGCUCGUCCUGACAUUUUGACCCCAAUGUUCUGGGCUAUUUCGUAUCCCUAUAAUUUUGUGGACCUACCAAGCAGCGUAAACUGCCAGACUGAGAAGAACCAGCCCCAUAAACAAGUCCAUUGAUGGUAGGAGAAGAAACAUCACUGUACCUUCGUGUCUGUGCAUUUUGUCUUUUGUAUUCUUCCUGAGGGGAGAGAACAGACCGUUUGCAUGCUUUGUGCCACACGCUUGCCGCGAUCCCAGCCCAAGCUUCAGGGUGAGGCUGCCACUCAGCACGUGCCCUGGGUGCUGUGCUCUGGGUGCCGUCAGGCACAUGGGUAGGCGCCCAGGGUAUUACAGGUGUUUGCCAGGGAGUGAGCCAGGACAUUUUUAUGAAGGCUUGCUGUUUCUUGGGUCUCAAGUCCUAAGAUAGAGGGAAGAGCAUAGCUGAAGGGUUCCAUCUGCAGAGAGUGGGAGGCCCAAGUUCGGGGAAACACUCGCACGUUGGAAGCACAGGGCUGAGCAUCCUCACGUUGCUGAGCGGGGCCCACACCUGUCUGCUUUCACAUCCUUGAUUCUUCCUGGCAUUCUCCCUGAAAGGCUGUACCCACAGGGCACCUGCCUCCUGCAUGUCCCCAGCUCCAGGUCAGACCUGGAGAAGGUGCUCCAGGCUUCCCUGUCUUGCAACUAAAGUGACUGUUCUCAGUAAGGACAAGUCCUGAGCCUCAGACACAACAUCCUGAGGUUGGCAAGGUCUAUCUCCCCUGUACCCACCAAGAUCAUUUAUGCCUCCUCUGCAGGGCCACUGCCCCAUCCCCACCCUCUCAGACGCUCUGGACAUGGGAGGAGCUCUGGGUCCUGAGACCCUGGCAGCUCUGAGCCUUCCAGACAGGGCCAAGCACCUGCUGGGAGAGCAGGGCCAUCGAGUGGGUUCCUUAGGGGCUGAUGUUCCUAUAUCAGUCCCCAGCGUCAUAGGGAUAAACUCUAGCCUGUCCUGCUCCUAAGCCAAGGACUGAUUUGGGUUUGCCACAUGGGAUCUUUGAAGCCAAAACAGAGAGAUCCCUAUUUGCUGGGAGGGAUGUACUGGGGAGGUCAGGUGAGGCCAGGGUAGACAGGAGGUCUGUGGGGUCAACUGCUCCCAGGCCUCUGGUCAUGCCCCGGUGGUCUCCCAUGGGUCUUGGCCCAGCUUUAGCAACCCUGGAAGAGAAGGAAAGGAGUCCUGUGGUUUAAGGAGAAUUGCAUUGUGAAAUUGAGGCAGAGACGGGUUUCUGUGGCCUCUGUGCUCCUGGAGACGCCCAUAUCCAGUCCUCCUGGGCUACAACCACAUCUGACGUCAGCUCACUGUGCAUGCCCUUCCACAAAUAUACACACUCUUCCAUGCUCCAAGCCCGGGACAGAAGAGGGCUGUGCUCAGGUAAAGCCGCCAGCAGACAGUUCCAAGAAAGGCUCCACUGGAUCCUUUUCCAGUCCAAGCACAAACAACUUGAGUGCUUCCUACUGGUGCCAGAGACGCAGAUCAGAUGAUCCCAAAGGCUAGCGCCUGGGCAGAGGGAGCUCGAGGCAGGAAGAGAGCAGAGUCCUGGACAAGAAGAAAUGAAGGGGAGGUCCCUGAUGCCCUGAGCCAUGGGCAGCCUGGAAUCUCCAGACCAAAGCUAGGAGGGAUAGUGGCCCUGCUGUCCCAGCUGUCUUAGAUCCAGCCUCCUGCUGCAUGAACACCGUGGAUCCCCGGCUGGGAGGUGCUGACCUACUCUUUCUCUGGACCCCUAAAGAGUUGCAAAAACUGCCCUUUCCCUGCCAUCACCACUCACACCGGGGAUUCUGUAUUUCUUCGCAUGGAGAGAAAUAAAGUUGAAUGUACAUA